CUCUGAUCGACUUUGUCUUUUUAUCCUCAUCCCUCCCUAUCUCCUUUUCUCUUCCCCAAAGCUGCAGCUCAGCCUGCAUCAUUCCUCAUCCUCCUCCUCAUCAUCAUCCCUCUUGCUCCGGCUUCACUCCUGCGGGCGGCUUAAGAUCUCUUAUCUUUUGUCCCUCUAACAACGCCCGUAAUCACCUCUUCCCCUUUCUCUCGUCAGCCACAAGCCUCAGCCAACAAUAAACCGGCCCGGUGUCCAUCGCUCUCCGGCCUCGUCCCACAGCCCCCCGUCCGUGGCUACCGCCGCCUUACGAACCUGCCUGCCCGUCCGCCCUGCUGCUAUUUUCAGCUGAACGCAGCAACAGAGCAACCCGAGUUCAGGGUCCUUAUCUCUCGCCAAACCCCGCCCCUCGGCGUCGCCACAUCACGCACACAUCAGCGUCACUAACAUCGUCCUCUCCGUGCCUGAGCCAGGAUCUAGAACUUGACAGUCCUUUUCCCCACCAGGACAUUCCAAGUCACUCAAGUCUAUCCGUACCUACCAAGUGACCACCGGAUUCCAUUCCCAUUUCCUCUAAACCCGGUCCCCCCCUCCCCCGAUUCUUUCACCCCCUGGGGCCUGAAUAGCGACAGAGAAAAAACCGAAGAAAAAAAGGUACCAGCAUCAGCGAAUUGACCCAGAGCUGGUCGGAUGGCUGUGUUGCCCGGGAUCCCCAUUGUCCACCUUACGUCAAUUGACGCAUUCUAAUCGCCCACACCCUCGAACAAGUCUACAAGGGAACCCCCCUCUCUCACUCUGCCCCGUCGUAGCUUUCCCUCUCGAACACGAAGUGGAAAAGACGUAUAUAUCGACCACUUCUGGACUUUGGGAUACAUUUCUCUCUCUACAGCGCAUACCCUUCCUCUACUCCUUCCUUCAUCCCGUCUUCGUCUGCCAACAAUAGGCUCCCGAGACAUUCAUUCACGUCAACUCGAAAAGUCUACCGGAUCACCCUUCCGAGACUCUUGUCAUCCAGCCAAAUCGGGUGUUCAUCUGCGUUUCUCUCGCUCUCAACAAUAAAACACCACACCCUCCCCCCCCUUCGACGAUAUCUGCACUCCUCCCCCUCCGGAAACAGACAUCGUGUCUCUCUUGCUAUCUCUUUUCCCGCCCACCCCUAUCCAACCAACGAAUCCGCAAGAAGCAGCUAUCCGAGCCCAUUGUUAGCUCUGCCGUCGCUUUCUACCUGAUCCCGUGUAUCUGAACCGGAUCAGCAGUGCACUAGCUUGCCGAGACGCAAGGUAUUCUUCCGAGCCAGACCCUCUCGAGGAAAUCUCCGACAUCAUGGCGACCGCCGCCCCCCCUCGUAACAAGAUGCUGGGCCAGGUCCAGGCCGACUCAGCAGAGAGCAGCCGCGGCCCCUCUCCCCAACCCACACAUUUCAGCGUCCCCAUGGCUGCCCGUGCCGUUGGCAACGGACACAGGGUCCUGAGGUCAGCAACGGUCGGCUACAUUGCGCCGACGUUCGUUGGCAAGCAGGAGCAGAUGGAACAGGUCAAGGAUCUUAUCAAGAACAAUGGCUGGAUCCCCGACGCCCUUAUUGAGGAACAAGUUGCCUGGUUCUACAACGAGCUCGGCAUUGACGAUGUCUACUUUAAGAUUGAGGUCCCCGAGGUUAUUGCCAGCCAGAUCACCUCCCUGUACGCUGCCAAGGUGGCUGCCUUCGCCCGCGAGGACAAGCGCGAGGAGAUCCGCCUCGACAUGGAGGCCCAUGACCACGCCAUCUACAUCGACACAAGCGAGCCCGGCAAAACCUCUGUCGCCGGUCCUCGCUAUGAACAGCGCCUUGAGGCCAAGUAUCUCGACCACACGGGCAAGUCUAAGUUCCGCGUCGAGACCUUCCGCUCUCCUGGCGUCUUGGGCGCAUCGCCUACCUCCAAGGCGACGUUGCGCUGCUACUUCGUCUACCAGUGCCUCUUCAAGCAGAGCCCUGAAACCACGGACCCCAACGAGACCCGCUUGGAGGUUAUUGCCGACAACGGUUUCCUCCAGAAGGCCACCAGCAACACUAAGCAGAUCUACCAGGAGAUCAUCGAGCUCGCGGUCAAUAGAACUGGCCCCGUCAUCGAGGUCUUCGACAUCGAAGGCUCUCCCGAGAAGCGUUUGGUUAUUGCCUUCCGCUCCCGCACUGCUCGCGGCUUGUUCUCGGCUCUCAGUGACCUGUACCACUACUAUGGCGUCACCAGCUCCAGGAAGUACGUGGAGCAGUUCGCCAACGGCAUCACGGUCAUGAGUAUCUACCUUCGCCCCGCUAUGAACAUCGAAGGCAACUUCCCCUCGUUGGACCAGUCGAUCCACCAGAUCACCAAGGAGAUCUCCCUCCUUUACUGUCUGCCCCAGAACAAGCUGCACUCGCUCUUCACCUCCGGCGAGCUCAGCCUCCAGGAGACUGUCUACGGUCACUGCGUCUGGGUCUUCAUCCAGCACUUCCUGAACCGUCUCGGUUCCGAGUACGUCUCCCUAUCCGAGAUCCUGGACGCCAAGAACCAGGCCCAUACGGCACUUUUGUCCAAGUUGAAGCGUCGUCUGAGGACCGAGACCUUCACUCCCGACUACAUCCUGGAGAUUAUCCAGUCGUACCCCGGCUUGGUUCGUGCCUUAUACGCGUCGUUUGCCUCGGUGCACCUUGCCGUCGGGCCCGACUUCGAUCGCCACUUCAUCGCCCCCACGCCGGCCAUCGAGGUCUUGUCCGAUGCCAAGCUCAAGGAGCGCAUCACUCGAGAUGUGUCUAACGAGCACGAGGAGAUGGUAAUGACUGCCUUCCGCGUCUUCAACAACGCCAUCCUGAAGACCAACUACUUCACCCCCACCAAGGUUGCCCUGAGUUUCCGCCUGGAUCCCUCCUUCUUGCCCGAGAUCGAGUACCCCAAGCGCCUCUACGGCAUGUUCCUCGUCAUCGGCGCCGAGUCGCGCGGUUUCCACCUGCGAUUCAAGGACAUCGCUCGUGGUGGUAUCCGCAUCGUCAAGUCCCGCAGCAAGGAGGCGUAUGGCAUCAACGCCCGCAAUCUCUUUGACGAGAACUACGGCCUUGCCAGCACCCAGCAGCGCAAGAACAAGGACAUUCCCGAAGGUGGCUCCAAGGGCGUUAUCCUGCUUGACCCCAAGAUGCAGGACCGCGCCAAGGAAGCCUUUGAGAAGUACAUUGACAGUAUUCUUGACCUUCUCCUCCCUGCCCAGACUCCCGGCAUCAAGAACCCGCUUGUGGACCUGUACGGUAAGGAGGAGAUCAUCUUCAUGGGUCCCGACGAGAACACUGCCGACCUUGUCGACUGGGCCACCGAGCACGCUCGCGCCCGUGGCGCACCCUGGUGGAAGUCCUUCUUCACCGGCAAGUCGCCCAAGCUGGGUGGUAUCCCCCACGACACGUAUGGCAUGACCACUCUGUCUGUUCGUGAGUACGUCAAGGGCAUCUACAGAAAGCUCAACCUUGAUCCCUCCACCGUCAAGAAGAUGCAGACCGGUGGCCCCGACGGCGACCUGGGCAGCAACGAGAUCCUGCUCAGCAACGAGAAGUACACUUCCAUUGUUGAUGGAUCCGGCGUCCUCGUUGACCCUAACGGCCUCGACAAGGAGGAGCUCCUCCGCCUUGCCAAGUCUCGCUCCAUGAUUGUCAAUUUUGACAUGUCCAAGUUGUCCAAGGACGGUUACCGUGUGCUGGUCGACGACAACAACAUCACCCUGCCCACCGGCGAGUUCGUCUCCAACGGCACGUCGUUCCGCAACACUUACCACCUGCGCGAUACUGGUCUGACCGACUGCUUCGUUCCUUGUGGUGGUCGCCCCGAGUCGAUUGAUCUGAUUUCGGUUAACAAGAUCAUCAAGGACGGCAAGUCGACCAUUCCUUACUUGGUUGAGGGAGCCAACCUCUUCAUUACCCAGGAUGCGAAGCUCCGCCUCGAGGCCGCCGGCUGUAUCCUGUACAAGGAUGCCAGCGCCAACAAGGGCGGUGUGACGUCUUCGUCCCUGGAGGUCCUUGCCUCGCUCUCGUUUGACGACGAGAACUUUGUCAAGCACAUGUGCCACGACUCCAAGGGCCAGGCUCCUCAAUUCUACCAAGACUACGUCAAGUCUGUCCAGGCGAAGAUCCAGGAGAACGCUCGCCUCGAGUUCGAGGCCAUCUGGCGCGAGCACGAGCAGACCGGUCUCCCCCGCAGUGUUCUCUCGGACAACCUCUCCAACGCCAUUACUACUCUGGAUGAGGAGCUCCAGCACUCCGACCUCUGGAAGAACGAGAAGAUUCGUCGUUCGGUCCUCCAGGACGCCCUCCCCAACUCUCUUCUGGAGAAGAUUGGGCUCGACACUAUCAUCCAACGCGUCCCCGAUUCGUACCUGCGCGCCAUCUUCGGCAGCUACCUCGCCUCGAGGUUUGUCUACCAGUUUGGUAGCCAGCCCAGUCAAUUUGCUUUCUAUGACUUCAUGGCCAAGCGUAUGGCAAGCGUCAACUGAACGGCCCCAAUUUGGGUGCUGCGUGACCGGUGCUCUCUGGUUGUUCUUAUUUGCAUGACACUGGAUUCUGGAUACUGGGUAAUGUUUUUCUGGGUUAUACACGCAUGGGAGGUGUGGAAGAGAAAGAAAAAAUAAAGCGGACAGCAUGGGACGAGCAAGACAAAAAGGAGCAAAAAGGUCGGUUAAUAGGACGUUCACCCGCCUGCGGUGUGGUGUGGACGAAUGCAUAAUAGGAGUUAUUGGGUAUGGUUAUCAGACAGCAUGAGCCUGAUCCUGAAAC